AUGUUCCGUUCUGCUUGAAUUGUUCAAUUUGGCUCGACUCGGUAAACUCCUUGUAGUCAGUUGCUGCGGUUGCUGCUUCGCUUCGACGUUUGUCGAUUGUUUUGUAACGGUGUUUAUUGCUUCUUCGAACCGGUAAUCAGUAAUGACUUCGUGAAUCCGAGAAUUGCACGAAAACCCUUGCGAUCACCGAGGCCGGAAAAAAUGUCGCUGUUCAACAAACCGAAGCGUAAUAUACGGCGACGGCCUUUCAAUGAAGAGGACGAGGAUAAUGAGAACAGGAUGGAGACAGAAGACGCUCAGCCCGUCAAACUGAAACCUAAGAAGAAGGAUAAACCGAAGCAAACGCUCCUCAGUUUCGGAGAGGAGCUCGAGGAAGCGGACGACGGCGAGGUUUUCAAAGUGAAGAAAUCUUCGAGGAGCAAAAAACUGAUGAAACAGCUAGAUCAUGAGAGAAAAAAAAAGAAAGGUGAAGAGAAAAUGCAAAUGGACCAUGAGCAAGCAAACAUGUCCAUUAAACAGGAAAAAGAUUUAGAAAUAAAGACAGAUGAUCUAGUAGUUAAAAUAAAGAACACCGGACCUUUGAUUUUAAACGGAAGAGCUGCGUUAGCAGCUGGAAAAGACGAUUAUACUUCGGAUGAAGAAGAAGAUGAUAACCGUAGCAGUCAUAAAUUUCGCAGAAAUACUGAAAGAACCGAUACUAUGAAAAUUCUUCUCGAAAGUGGUUGCAUACCUGAUGCUGCAAUGAUUCAUGCUGCAAGAAAACGUAGACAGAAGGCAAGAGAGUUAGGAACGGACUAUAUACCAAUUGAAGAACAAAGUGACGAGAAAGGAAAAUCGAGACUGAUUAGAGAGGAAGAUCACGAUAGAAGCGAUGAUGACGAUUCUCAAGAUCGAAUAGAUAUGACAGUUAAUACUGAUGCACGUGAUAAAGAAAAGAGACGUGAAGCAUUCCUUGCUUCUCAAGUACAAAACAGACUUUCAGAAGAUGAAAGUGAACAUGGUAACGAAGAAGAGGAAUGGGAAGCGCAACAAAUUAGAAAAGGAGUAACUGGUGCACAGAUUGCAGCAGCACAACAAGAUUCUAUUAUGCAACAGCAAUAUACCAUGGGUGGAAGCCAGGUCAUAGGAUCGGGAGUGCCGCUGGAGAUGGUAAUGAUGCCAGCACCACCGCCACCACCAUCGAUUCACCCACCGGACCCUACGAAGAUAGAACCAAUCUCUCCGGAAGAUGUUGUCAAUAAAAUCCGUGGAAGAUUGGAGACCUUGAAAGAAAUUUAUCACCGUCAUCAGCGGGAUCAGGAACAGUUAGAUGAAGAAUUAGAGCAAACCGUCAAGGAACUGGAUCAGGGCGAAACACGUGCGCCGCAGCUUGCUCAGCGCUUCAGAUAUUACCAAGAGUUGCGUGGGUAUGUCACUGACUUGGUAGAGUGUCUUGAUGAGAAGCUGCCUCUGGUUGUUGGAUUGGAGCACCGCUGGUUAGACCUCUAUGGAGACCGUUCAAAUGAACUCAUGGAACGAAGGCGACAAGACACGAGAGAUCAAGCCGAAGAGAUCACCACUGCUGCGAGAGGCCAAAACAUACGAAGAGGACCAGAAGAUGAUGCGCGUAUCCGCCGUGCUACAGAAAGGGAGGGCAGAAGAGCUCGACGUAGAAGAGCCAGAGAACUGGUUCCUACACUGCCGAAGCAUAUCGAUGGCAUGUCCAGUGAUGACGAAGUCACUGAGCAACAAAAUCUCGCAUUUAAGCAAGCGAAAGAUGAAAUCGAUAACGACAGUAAAGAUAUAUUUUCUGACGUCGUCGAUGACUUUUGCACCGUACGAGGGAUUCUUUCAAAACUGGAGUCCUGGAGGGAGACCGACAUCGAUGCAUACAUGGAAGCUUACGUACCAUUGUGUAUACCAAAGAUUAUUUCUCCUGUAAUCAGACUUCAAUUGUUAACCUGGAAUCCAGUUAUGGAGAGCGCUGACUUAGAAAGAACAAAGUGGUAUACUGCAUUACUGUUGUACGCACUUAACAGCAAAGAAACCGAAGACUCAUUAAAACGAGAUCCGGAUGUCAGACUAGUGCCAUUUGCAAUUGAGAAAAUCGUUCUUCCAAAACUCACUGCUGUCGUAGAAAAGAUAUGGGAUCCAAUGUCAACUUCCCAGACUUUGCGACUAGUCGGUACUAUUAAUCGUCUCAUCAGGGACUACCCAAAUCUCACAGAUUCCAGCAAACCUCUAGAAUUGCUUUUUAACGCAAUUUUGGAGAAAGCAAAAUCCGCCGUGGAAAACGAUGUAUUUAUACCAAUUUUUCCAAAACAAGUUCUCGACACGAAACACCAGUUUUUUCAACGACAGUUUGCAAUGGCAGUUAAAUUGCUGCGAAAUCUGCUGAGUUGGCAAGGACUUCUAGGAGAUAAUCAGUUGAAAAAUUUAGCACUGGGAUCACUUUUAAAUCGCUACCUUUUGGCUGGAUUGAGAGUUUCCCUGCCAACUGAUGCACUGACGAAGGCACAUAUGAUAAUGAGCACGUUGCCUCGAGCGUGGCUCCAGGGUGACACUAUCGAUCAUCUAAAAAUGUUUGCUACUUUGAUAUAUCAGUUAAGCCAACAAUUAGAUCAAGCAAAUCCAGCUCACAACGAAGCGUGGGAGUAUUCAAAAUCCAUCCUGAAAGUAAUCAAGCCUUCAUAACGCGCCCAUUUUCAUGCGCUAAAAGCGGUUUACAGUUACGAAGUUAAACUCAUCAAUAGUUCUAUGUGGCAUAGAAGGCUCAUGUAUAUGCUACGAUAAUUAUACACCAUAUAUUUAACCCUCUUAAUUGUGUAAUAUAAAAAAGGACAAUUUUGUAUAGCGAUUAUCCCGUAGAAAGGAACCGCUGUAAAUGCAAAACGUCUCGUACAUUUGAACUUUGUAAAUAA